GCUGUUAUUUCUCCGUGGUGACCAGAGAUGUUCACAGAGAAACGUUUUAAGGUCGUUUUUGAUAACAUGCUUGCUUGAUGAAUAAUGUUCUUAGAAUAGAGCAAUUUGCGUGUUUCCUACUACUAUGAAUGUGCGCUCUGCGCGGAGGAUGCAGAUGAGUCAUUUACAUCACACAUGCACAUCUGUGCGUAGGCCUACAGGCUAUGUCAUUUUACGGGGUUGCAAGUUCAUGGAUAAAAACCAACCAGCAUGUUCGUGGAUGCAGAUGGAACUUUCAACAACAGCAACAUGAAAUCUUAUGUGAUGGAGAAAGCGAAAGAGCCCGGUGCAACAAAUAUGAUUUCGGAGGCGCUCGUUGCACACUUGCUGAAGAUUGCGCAAGACGCGGCGGAGGCAUUAUCCGCCACUUCGCAGUCUUCAACUCUGCUGAUGGAGAAUGGGACUCGGUGUGGGGAGCAAAUUCUGAACUACGACAAGGUGGAGAAGGUAUUUAUUGGAGGGAUUCUCACCAUGCUCACGCUGUUUACUAUCUGCGGGAACUUGCUGGUGGUGAUUUCGGUGUGCUUCGUGAAAAAGUUGCGGCAGCCGUCCAACUAUCUGAUCGUGUCUCUGGCGGUUGCCGACCUUUCAGUCGCGCUGGCAGUUAUGCCGUUUGUCAGUAUAACGGACCUUAUUGGGGGGCAAUGGGUUUUUGGCCGAGUCUUCUGCAACGUUUUUAUUGCCAUGGACGUGAUGUGUUGCACUGCAUCCAUAAUGACGCUGUGCGUAAUUAGCAUAGACAGGUACCUGGGCAUAACCAAGCCUCUGACCUACCCUGUGAGACAGAAUGGCUGUUGCAUGGCCAAGAUGGUGGUGUCCGUGUGGCUCCUGUCCGCCUCCAUCACCUUGCCCCCCCUCUUCGGCUGGGCCCAGAACGUAAACGACAACAAGGUGUGUCUGAUCAGCCAGGACUUUGGUUACACCAUCUACUCCACCUCAGUGGCGUUCUACAUCCCUGUAUCCGUCAUGCUCAUUAUGUACUACCGCAUCUACCGCGCCGCCAAGCUCAGCGCCGCCAAGCACACCAUCACGGGCUUCCCGCGGGUCGGGGAGGAAGAGGCGCGGGGGGGAGAGGAGGCCAUGGAGGAACAGGAGGAGGAAGAGGACAGCGUGGACUGUGUGUCGGCCGCUCUGAGGCUCCACAGGGAGGUGGAGGAGUGCACGCGAUUCUCCCGGCUCAUGAGGAGCAACCGGAGGAACAUGUCCAUCUUCAAGCGGGAGCAGAAGGCAGCAGCCACCCUGGGGAUCGUGGUAGGAGCCUUCAGUGUCUGCUGGAUGCCUUUCUUCUUACUGUCCACGGCCAGACCCUUCAUCUGCAGGGCGGACUGCCCUAGCUGUGUGCCCUUGUGGGUGGAGAGGACCCUGUUGUGGCUGGGCUAUGCCAACUCCCUCCUUAACCCUUUCAUCUACGCCUUCUUCAACAGGGACCUGAGGACCACCUACAGCAACCUGCUGCGCUGUCGUUAUCGCAACAUCAACCGCAAGCUGUCCGCCGUCGGGAUGCAACAGGCCCUCAAACGGGUGGAUAAGACCGACUCCGUUAUCUAAAUGGUGUUAUCGUUGUGGUGUGGUGGGAGCUGUCACACUGAGCACCAGAGUCGACCACAUUCUCUCUAUGACAAUAGGUCAAUGUUAUCUGCCUGCCUGGUCCUCUACUUAAGAUCGUGCAUGUCCAGACACAGUCUAGACCUUAUUGGUCAGGUCUGAUUUAUGAAACAACUAAGAAUCUAUCCUUCCAUCUGAAUGUGAGUCCAUUGCACUUUGGCUUUGUGUCCGUGACGUUACGGUGCUUUUGCCCCGGGGCAUUUCUCAGUUGUGCUGUAGUUGUGUAGCGUGGUUUGUUCUGCGUUGUGUACUUUCAAUUAGGACGCUGCCACAACUGGAGGUCUGCUGGUCGAAUUCUUUUUAUUUGCCUUGCACACAAAGAGACAACACACAUUAUAACACAACUGCCCUUGGCGCAGUCCUAGCUCUCAGGCACCUUGCUAUGCUGAAGGUCAGGCAAAAUGAAAUAACAGGUUCUGUGUGCACACAUUCAAUGCACAACAGCACACCAUACAAUACAAGCAAAAUGAUACAGAACAUCAUUCAGACAACAUAAAGACAUACCUGCACACGAAGAGACAACACACAUUAUGUUAACCCUUGCCUAGCUCUCAGGCACCUGCGCAAGCACACGGACACUCACUCAAACACUGUCCCAAGUACUCACAAGUUACAAUAGAUACCCUAGUUAGGGAGCUUUGUGAAACUUGUUAACAUAAAUCUUUAUAUUAUCCACAUUGUAACAAACUUAAGGUAGCAUAACAGUAUAUUGUGUAACAUUAUGACGGUUUUAUAUUGAACAAUUUGGGAGCCAAGGACAACAUACCUCGCUAGCCGAAGGUCAGGCAAAAGAGAACAAUAAGAGGGUACGGAAAUACAGAUAACCCGCGAUGGUAACCCGCGAUGGUAACCCGCGAUGGUAACCCGCGAUGGUAACCCACGAUGGUAACCCGCGAUGAUAACCCGCGAUGGUAACCCGCGAUGGUAACCCGCGAUGGUAACCCGCAUGAUAACCCGCGAUGAUAACCCGCGAUGGUAACCCGCGAUGGUAACCCGCGAUGGUAACCCGAUGAUAACCCGCGAUGAUAACCCGCGAUGGUAACCCGCGAUGGUAACCCGCGAUGAUAACCCGCGAUGGUAACCCGCGAUGAUAACCCACGAUGGUAACCCGCGAUGGUAACCCGCGAUGAUAACCCGCGAUGGUAACCCGCGAUGGUAACCCGCCCGCGAUGGUAACCCGCGAUGAUAACCCGCGAUGAUAACCCGCAAUGGUAACCCGCGAUGGUAACCCGCGAUGGUAACCCGCGAUGGUAACCCGCGAUGGUAACCCGCGAUGGGCCAAACCAAAAUAUACAACACUUUUACAAUCAUGUGUAUGUACAAUAUUGAUAUGAAAAAGUGUUUGUACACCAAAGAAUAACAUUAGCUAUGCAGCUGUAAUUAAAUAUAAAACACACUGAAUUAUUAUUAUCAAAUGAUUAACAUCCCCUCUUGACCUGGCCUAUUUCAAUGGUCCUUGUUGGUCCUUGUUGCAUAAUCUGGUAAUUUGGUGCAUAAUCUAGGGGAACAACAUCACACGGCUACAUUUGCACAAACACGAUGCCUCAGAACAAGCCAUGAUGGUUAGCUGUUUCAUGAAGGGGCAAUCUACAGUUGAUCCAUCCAUUUUGUUGUUGUUGACUAUAUUAACAAAAGUAUGUGGACACCCCAUUCAAAUGUGUCGAUUUGGCUAUUUCAGCCACAACCGUUUCUGACAGGUGUAUAAAAUCUAGCCCAAGCCAAGCAAUGUCCAUAGACGAACAUUGUCAUUAAAAUGGCCUUACUGAAAAGCUCAGUGGCUUUCAAUGUGGCACCGUCAUAAGAUGCCACCUUUCCAACAAGCCAGUUCGUCUUGCAAGAGCUGCCCGUCAACUGUAAGGGCUGUUAUUGUGAAGUGGAAAUGUCUAGGAGCAACAACGGCUCAGCCGCGAAGUGGUAGGACACACAAGCUCACAGAACGGGACCGCCGAGUGCUGAAGCGCUGUUGCAGUUGCAACGCUCACUACAGAGUUCCAAACUGCCUCUGGAAGCAACGUAAUCAGCACAAGAACUGUUCGUCGGGAGCUUCACGAAAUGGGUUUCCACGGCCGAGCAGCUGCACACAAGCCUAAGAUCACCAUGCGCAAUGACAAGCGUCGGUUGGAGUGGUAUAAAGCUCGCCACCAUUGGACUCUGGAGCAGUGGAAACACGUUCUCUGGAGUGAUAAAUCACGCUUCACCAUCUGGCAGUCUGAUGGACAAAUCUGGGUUUGGUGGAUGCCAGGAAAAUGCUACCUUCCCCAAUUACAUAGUGGGAACUGUAAAGUUUGGUGGAGGAGGAAUAAUGGUCUGGGGCUGUUUUUCAUGGUUCGGGCCUCUUAGAUCCAGUGAAGGGAAAUCCUAACGCUACAGGAUACAAUGACAUUGUAGACAAUUCUGUGCUUCCAACAUUGUCCAAUGUUUGUAAACAAAGUAAAUGUAAACAAAAACACGUCCGAACGUGUUCCUGUACGUCACGGGCAACAAUGUUGUGACUUUGUCAAACAAAUCAACCAUGGUGUGUUGACGUUGUUCCAUGGUUAUGUGUAAUGCAGACUCUUAAAUGCAAAUGGACAAUACAACCUACACGUGGCAUUUGACUUCCUGAGUGAGUAUGCCCUUUCAAUUGCAUAAAAUAUUAUUUUACUUCUU